GUUUAUGCAUUCGAUUUUAGAGCGGAUUGAACUGGCAAGUUGCUUUAAUUACGACUCGCUUGUGACAUGUCUGACAAAAAAUAAAAUAUAUUCGAUUAAUUUAAGAAAGACUGCGCUAUAUAGUUGUAAAGACGUUUGCGACGUGAUAUAGUGUGAAAUGGCAGCUGCUUACACCCUUUGAAGGGAAUUUCUUGUGAUCUUUUCCUUCUGAAUUUGGGCGAGUGCUUUGAGAUCGAGGGGCGCCUGCUGUCCAUUGAAGUAAGAAGAAACCUCAUGUUUUCGCCAAGCCAGGAGGAGCACUGCGCCCCGACAAAAGACCCAAUAAAAUACGGGGAGAUGGUAGUAUUAGGGUACAAUGGCUCCCUCCCCAACGGAGACCGGGGCAGAAGGAAAAGCCGCUUUGCCCUAUACAAGAGAACCAAAGCCAACGGCGUUAAACCCAGCACCGUCCAUAUUCUCAACACGCCACAGGCCAGCAAGCUGCACAAUACAGCAAUCGCGGUGAACUGCAAAGUGCAGCACAGUAUUUCCUACACUCUGUCCAGGAACCAGACAGUAGUGGUAGAAUACUGCCAUGACAAAGACACAGACAUGUUUCAGAUUGGCCGCUCCACAGAAAGCCCCAUAGACUUUGUGGUGACGGACACUGUGUCUGGGUGUCAGGAGGGAGAGGAGACGCCCAUCACUCAGAGCACCAUCUCUCGUUUUGCCUGCCGUGUCGUCUGUGAGCGGGUCCUGCCCUACACCGCCCGCAUCUACGCUGCUGGCUUUGACUCCUCCAAGAACAUCUUCCUGGGGGAAAAAGCUGCCAAGUGGAAGAACCCGGAUGGUCACAUGGACGGGCUUACAACCAAUGGCGUGCUGGUGAUGCACCCCAGGGGUGGGUUCACGGAGGAGUCCAAGCCGGGUGUAUGGAGGGAGAUCUCUGUGUGUGGGGAUGUUUACACCCUUAGAGAGACCCGUUCUGCUCAGACCCGCGGUAAACUGGUGGAGUGUGAGAGCAACGUGCUGCAGGACGGAUCCUUGGUAGACCUGUGUGGAGCCACCCUGCUGUGGCGCACGGCCGACGGCCUCUUUCACACGCCUACCCAGAAGCACCUGGAGGCCCUGCGGCAGGAAAUCAACGCAGCACGGCCCCAGUGCCCUGUGGGCCUCAACACCCUGGCCUUCCCCAGUAUGCAGCGCAGCCGCGCCCUCUCCUCCCUGGAGGACAAGCAGCCCUGGGUCUACCUGGCCUGUGGCCACGUGCACGGCUACCACAACUGGGGCCAUCGCUCGGAGCAGGAGCCCAAUGCCCAGCGGGAGUGCCCCAUGUGCCGGACCGUUGGCCCCUACGUGCCGCUUUGGCUGGGCUGCGAGCCCGCCUUCUACGUGGACGUGGGCGCCCCCACACACGCCUUUGUGCCGUGCGGACACGUGUGCUCGGAGAAGUCGGCGAAGUACUGGGCUGAGAUCCCUCUGCCCCAUGGCACCCACGCCUUCCACGCCGCAUGCCCAUUCUGUGCCACCCAGCUCAGCCUUGCUCAGGGCUAUGCCAAGCUCAUCUUCCAGGGCCCCAUCGACUAAGCUGGGGGAUCUUGGGCUGGGGGAAGGGUUGAAGCAGGAGGGCCAACAUGCUGUGAAACUGUUCAGACUAUUUAGUGCUUUUUUCUGUUUUUAAAUCACCGGACUGUAAAGAUCACAAAGCUGAUGGUGUACUGCAAGUGUGUUCCUAAUUUCCGUGGAGAUUGGCCUGAAGGCAGUGGUCCAUCACACAGUGUUUGGUUUGGGCUUCUGGUCCUGUGGAUGGCCACUGUGGCGUGGUGAUGUGACUGUGGCAUGGUGGAGACGUGGAGCACAGUGGACCUAAGGCACAACCACAGAAACCAACAUACUCUUCAGCUGCCAGCCAUCAGCUUUCAACUGAGCUAACACUCUGGACUGUGCAAGCUGAAAUGGCUGCACAUUUCAAGUAAAAGGGCUACAAAACGGGUAACUGGAGUACGUUUUGUCCCCAUGUUAUCGAUCAUAAACUCCAAACGGAUUACAAAGAGCAGGUGUAGUUAGGGUCUGUUGGGUGGGGGUUCACGGUCUGAUUCCCGGUAGGUCUGAGGUACAUGAUUUCCACAGAGCCAAGACAGCUGGACUGUUGGCUGGGAGGAGGACUGAGCCAGCCAGCGAGGUUCAUGGGUAACUAGUUAAGUGCUCCCCAUUGGCUCCUCAGCCCUGAUCUGAUCUGCAAUGGCAUCCAGAACAUUUAGCCUUUCCAGAGGUGAGCUGAACUCUGCUCAUGAAUUCAGGGAACAGAUCUUUAAAAGAAAACACGUGUUUUUCUCUCCUCUUGUACAGAGAUGUAUUCCAGUGCCUGGGGCUCCCAUUAAAACCCAGGGAAUAUUUUUACUAGAUGAAAAAAGCAAUUUUGCUGAGGGGUUAAGGGAGGGAGAGCAUUUUGCAUACAGUAAAGUAUAAAGAAAUAUAACCCACAUAGAUUAUUUUCCACCUUUUUAUUCUUUCUUAAGAAGUAUUUUACUACACUGAGGCCUGUGUACAGUUUUCUAAUGAAAAUGUUAAUAUAUUUUUCUCUAUUGUAACUAUUGUGUGCAUGUGGGCUGGAUCACGCGGGUGUGCUUGAAUGUGCCGACACCGGCUCAUACUGAGACAUUAGUCCCUUUUUCUUUUUUAUGACGUUACCACCAAAAGGCAACAACAGGCCACUGGCAUCAACCUUGUGGGCCAUGACAAUGAAUGUAUUCAAAUACAUAUUGUCCUCACCAUUGGUGCUUUAGCCUAAAUUAUGCCAUUGCUUUACUGAAUGGCUAGGUCUGUUCCUUUUUAAAUGUACUGUAAAACCUGGGUGUCUCAUAUCAGUAAGGCCUUCAUCUCCAGUGAAAGUGAUGAGCUUUUGGAAGUGUAACUCACUCAGUCACACAUCCACUCACACCUGCGAGCUGUCUUUGGUCUUGCCCCACACUCACAGAUACUGUGUUCAAUGUGCACUUUUGAAUUUGUAGCUUUAUCUAAUGCUGGGUUUUAUCCAAUAAUUUGUACGCUCCCAAACCAGGGCACAGUCACUGCAGCAUGGAUUAUACCAAUUACCAAAUAUAAAAGGAGUUUUCUCCAUGAUGUAACAUCUGCUUCCUGCAACCCAACGUGUUACUGUUAACAAAUUAAAAACCAAACUGCUAUUGUAGAAUAAAAAACAUGUCUAGUUCUGGAUGACAGUCAAAGCUGUUUGGUUAAACUCAAUCUCACAAAGAUAAUAAGUAUAUUAUCAUGUGCAAUGCCCAAUUUAUCAAAUCAAAGUGUGGAGAUGGAUCAAGUUGGUCAAAUACUUAUGUGUAGAUAAAAUCAGACUUUAAAGUUGGACAACGAGGUGCAAAUAAGUUGAACCUGAAUAAUUAGAAACAAGUGUGUGCACUCUUAGAUGCUGGCUAGUUUGACUGUGCCCAUAUGUAGAGUGAAGCUCAACACUAUAUACAAACAACCAUCGUAGCUUCAUGGUUAUGAUAGUGAGCAUCAUGAUACUGACAUGUUGUUAGCAAUGUUCUUACCAUAGCUAUGUACAAGUUGCAUAACGAAUGAACAAGUUUGAAGAGAUGGUCACAAGCUAUUAUUUUCAGUUACACUGAGAAGCCAAAUAAUACAGUCACAUGUCUACUAUGCACACAGGAACACUACAGAAGUGGUGUGUCCUGUUCUCUUCUUUGUUGGUGGACUGCAGAGGUCACCCUCCAGAUGUGAGGUCUGCUCUGUGGAGGGUAAAGACAAGACCUUGGUAGUAUGAAGCCAAAAGCAGUAGGACAGAUGUGGUGAGACCAUAACAGGUGGUCAUUCAAUGGCUUUGUUUGUAAUUUCCAAUAAGCAAUGAGUAGCAGGGUAAAGGAGGGGAGUCUUACAGUAGCAUUCCUCCUACAGUGCCCAGUCAGUGCUGACAGUAUGUUGAUAGACCAUGCUCUGGAACAGCUGUAAUGUACCUGCCUGACACAAACAUUCCUCCUUGAACAUUUGGGAGGGGUCCUGUUGUUUACCCAAGGACCUGUUCAGUGCAUUUUGUCUCCUAACGCUGUACACAGGUCAUAGCUCGCACUGAUGCUCCCAAUACCUACUUGCAAAAAUAAACAAUUUGUUUAAAAACAA